AUGGAUUCCAUGAUCAACUUCCGUUUGCCAUUCUCCUGGUUCUCGCCGGCGGAAAAGGCUGAUGGAAAUUUACCAGGCGUCGAAAUAAAGGCUAUUCAUGGCUGUGAUGUUGAAUCCGUAGAAGAGAAGUCUGGCAGGCGGCUACGGCAUCUAUUGAAACUAAACCAUGCGACCAAUUCUAUCCUAUAUAACAAUCUCACAUAUUACAACUAUAUACCCCAUCUCCUUUCUACGGCAUACUUGCUCGGUGGAAACUCGGAUCACCUAGACCGGCUCUAUGAAGCUGAAUCCAAGGAGCUCGAGCCCUGGAGAGCCUCGCCUAGUGAGAUCGGGCAAGCCGAAGAUUGGAGGUUAGCCUUGGGCAAGAGAGAAUUUCAGAGAGCUUAUUUGGAUUUUUUUGAAGAUGAGCUGUCGCGCAUGGGAUAUGACUGGAAUGCUGUAGUGUUGCAGUACCUUUGCUCUGGAGAGAAACCAUUAAUAAACUCUUUGAUUGCGGGCUUCGGCCAUCCACUUAUACAUCUUGGAUAUGCAUUUGAAGUUUCAAGUCGAGACAUUGCUAUGGAAUCACUUGCGAUGAUUUCAUGCUGUUAUGAUGACAUUCACAAAUUCUUUGACGAACCAUCGGACCUUCAAAAGAAUAUAACCCCAAAAUAUACCACUAGUUCACCUUUUGAGGUUCUACAUAAAAUCCACAGAGAUGACCGAUUCGACGGCAUUUUCGCAAGCCCAGGGGGUAGCAAUCUUGAAGUACUCUUGAAAACACAGCAAGGUUUGAUACUUGAGCAUUGGAUGGCAUGGGAUCUUCAAGAUACAAACCUAACAGAACAGCUCCAUGCCAUACAGCGGCUCGCAACAAUACUCAUGGUCACUCGCCAUGGCGGGAAAAAACACGAUUUGUUGUUUGACCAUCUUUUAACUACAACCCAUGCGCUGCGUGUCAUUAUACCUCUGGUCCCAAAGCAGUUCCAUGGCCCUCUACUGCGUCAGUGGCUUUUGUUGACGGUAGGUGUCUAUGUUGCCCAGCUACGCCCGAACAUAGAUGUAAAUGACAUAAAAUGCUACAAUGUCGAUGAAAAGGAUUGGAACUGGGUGGAUACACAGGCUCUGACUGGCGAUAUGGCGACUUUGGCUCAUUAUAUAAAGCCUUUGAGAACCCUAAAGGAGGCCGCGAAGACCUGGACUGAUGAAGAUGACUUUUUUCUCCGGGCUGCAGUGAAAUUUAUCGAAACGUUUGAUGGAUUUAGCUCGGGAUGA